UGUUUGGCGACCUUUUCAUUUAUUUUUUAAAUUUCUUUUUGAGUUUUUUAAAUCUUAGUGUGUGUAUAUAAGUCAUGGUCUUGUAGUAGUGAUUUUUGUGGAGAAAAGUAAAGGUUGGGUUGCUUUACAUGAUUGAUUUUAAGAAAGACAAGAAGACCCAUCAGGGAUUUUGAUUUGCUUUUGCUGUUUCUGUGAUUUUUCGGAUGAAAUCAUAAGAAAUGAAGAAUACCCAGAUGAAAUUUUCACAUGAAUGAAGGAGAUGGACAUGGAAAAGAAGUCAACCCAACUUGUAGAAUUUGGUGUUAUGAACAUAGAAGGCGUGAAAGAGGAGGAUAGAGAGAAAACCGAUUUGGAAGAUCAGCAGCGGCUGCAAGAGGACUUUGCGAGACCUCCGCCAUGGUCAAAGCAGAUCACAGUCCGUGGAAUCAUUGCAAGCCUUGUGAUUGGCAGCGUCUACAGUGUAAUCAUAAUGAAACUUAAUCUCACGACAGGGCUCGUUCCUCCCCUCAACGUCUCGGCGGCCCUUCUUGCCUUUGUCUUCCUUAAGUCGUGGACAAAGAUACUUAAGAGGGCUGGAAUAGUCACUACGCCUUUCACUCGGCAGGAGAAUAUCGUCGUGCAGACAUGUGCUGUUGCAUGUUACAGCCUUGCACUUGGAGGUGGAUUCGGGUCUUAUCUAUUGGGUCUGAACAAGAAGACAUACGAACUGGCCGGGGUGGAAACAGAGGGGAAUACUCCAGGGAGUUAUAAGGAUCCUGGGAUUGGUUGGAUGACUGGUUUCCUGUUUGUUGUUAGUUUUGUUGGGCUUUUGUCUUUGGUUCCACUAAGAAAGAUCAUGAUAAUCGACUACAAACUAACUUAUCCAACCGGCACCGCCACUGCUCAUCUCGUCAAUGGCUUCCAUACUCCUCAAGGAGACAAAGAUGCAAAGAAGCAGGUCCGCGGCUUUGCAAGGUUUUUCACUGUCAGUUUCAUUUGGGGCUUCUUUCAGUGGUUUUACUCUGGAGGAGAAGGGUGUGGGUUCUCAAAGUUCCCUACAUUUGGGUUGCAAGCAUUUAAGCAAACAUUUUACUUUGAUUUCAGCUUGACAUAUGUUGGAGCAGGGAUGAUCAUUUCCCAUAUGACCUCUUCCCAUGUGACGAAUCUGUCGUUGCUUCUAGGAGCAGUGAUCUCAUGGGGGAUAAUGUGGCCUUUGAUUAGAAAAGUCGAAGGAGAUUGGUACCCUGAGAGUUUACCUGAAAGCAGUAUGAGAAGCUUGCAAGGUUACAAGGUCUUUAUCGCCAUAGCUCUCAUCCUAGGAGAUGGACUCUAUAAUUUCAUCAAAGUACUGUCUUUCACCAUCAGAAGCUUCCAUGCUAGAUUGAAACGGAAGGACCUCAGAACAGAUACCCAAAAUCAGUCCCCUGAGGAGCGUUAUCGCAAUGAAACAUUCAUGAGGGAAAACAUUCCGGUGUGGGUUGCAUGUUUAGGCUACGCCUUCUUCUCCAUCAUCUCCAUAAUCGCCAUCCCCCGCAUGUUCCCUGAAGUGAGAUGGUACUAUGUCAUCAUAGCCUAUAUCUUCGCUCCUGCAUUCGGGUUUUGUAACGCUUAUGGCGCGGGUCUCACUGACAUGAACAUGGCCUAUAACUAUGGCAAAGUUUCCCUCUUCGUCCUCGCAGCUUGGGCAGGGAAAGACUCUGGUGUUGUAGCUGGGCUAGUUGGCUGUGGCUUGAUAAAGUCAAUUGCCUCCAUCUCUGCUGAUCUAAUGCAGGAUCUGAAGUCAGGGCAUCUCACACUCACCUCCCCUCGCUCAAUGCUCUUGAGCCAGGCCGUGGGGACCGCCAUGGGAUGCGUGGUGGCCCCUCUCACAUUCUUUCUUUUCUACAAGGCCUUUGAUGUGGGGAACCCAGACGGAGAUUUCAAAGCUCCCUAUGCUCUGAUCUACCGGAACAUGGCUAUCCUGGGUGUUGAAGGCUUCUCUGCUCUGCCCCACCAUUGCUUGCAGUUGUGUUUCGGCUUCUUGGUGUUUGCAGUUGGACUGAACUUGGUGAGAGACCUCUCCCCUCCAAAGUUUGGGAGGUGGGUCCCACUGCCCAUGGCAAUGGCAGUGCCGUUCCUUGUCGGGGCCUACUUUGCUAUCGAUAUGUGCCUGGGGAGCUUGAUUGUGUUUGCUUGGCACAAGCUUAACAGCAAGAAGGCUAGUCUGAUGCUCCCUGCAGUCGCCUCUGGUUUGAUCUGCGGUGACGGGCUGUGGGUCCUACCAGCAUCCAUUCUUGCUCUAGCAAACGUUAAACCUCCUAUAUGCAUGAAAUUCUCGUCUAAUUAGUAUAUGAAGAGCAGCCCAAUUCUCGAAAAACCACAGCCUUGAAGUUGGUCUACGAUUCGAGGAACGCGAACACUACAUUUCCAACUAAAGGCUGAUUUUCGAUCCAGCACAUCGACGGAGGCCAAGACAGUUGAAUUACAAGAACUGCUUAAUGUAAAAGAAUAACACAACAUCGAUUAAAUCCAGAUGAAUAAUUCAUAUGGAGUUUAUAUGGGAGAAAAGAUAUCUAGUGGUAUAUGAAUAUUUUGGUUUUGCAGUAGUCUGAUCAGCGAUUUCAAUAAUAGGUAGGAGGAAGAAGUUAGUGAUGCAUUGAAUGUCAUACUUCAUCUCAUAGCAAUGGUGAAUUUUGUAGUUCAGAGUUCCAGAUCUCAGAAAUGUUUAUGACAUAUGAUCUAGAUUUGGAUAAAUAUAAGUUUGCAUUUUACUUCUCUA